AGUGUACAGGGACUAGUCUCUCUGCCUAUUUACAGGCUCCUACCCGCAUUCCCGGAUGUUACUUGAUAGCCCUCAUGACCGCUUUCUGUCCACAAAGCUUGCUGAAUUCCAAGCAUCUCAGUAAUUCUAUCAUACAGCCGAAUACAAAGAAGUAAUUUCUCCUAGAGUCUAAAGGUCUAAAGACGAUAUCACUGGUUGCUGACGUAAAGAAGUCAAACAUGAUCCAAAUUAAAUGCAUACGCCUGAGGAGCUAUAAAACACGUUGGUCUGUGUGUGCGUGUGUUAUGGUCGUUAGUAAGAGUUGUCAACCGCACCACCUUAACUUAUGUUUGAGACCGAAUGACGAACAGAACGUAACGCAGUGUCAUUGUGAUAACAUAGGAAUGGCUCACACUAAGACGCCCAGCCUCGACAGCGGCCACACGGCGUCCGCCUUAGAAGGAGAGGAAUGGGAUUCAUUAAGGAAGGAUUUCCCGAGUUAUCAUGGAGGGCUGGUUCGCAUUUCUCCCGGUAGAUGGCUCUAUCCUACGCGCUUUUGUGACCUGGGAAAUAAGCUUUAUAACUUUAAGUUCCGCAAAGACGACGUGCUGGUGAUGACGUGGCCCAAGUGUGGGACGACGUGGACGCAGGAGAUCGUGUGGACGAUGAGGAACAACCCGGACCUGGACAACCCGGAGGCGGACGCAGAAGCCAUCGAUCGCGUCCCCUUUAUUGACGUGGACAUGUUCAUGCCCGUCAGCGAAGAGAUGGUCUCGAUCUCCAAAGCCUUCAAGACGCUGUGUCCUGGAGCCGACCUUCGCGACGGGGAGAUGAUCCAGCUCGCGGAGGCAAUGGCUAGUCCGCGAACCAUGAAGACCCACCUGCCUUUCUCUCUCAUUUCUCCCGAUGUCAUGGAACAUGCGAAGGUGGUUUACGUGGCCAGGAACCCGAAGGACACGAUGGUCUCCUACCUGCACCACCACCGCCUCUUCCGCGAGCAGGAAUUCGUGGGCUCCCUCGAGAGCUUCGUCGAUUAUUUCGUCAAAGAUGAUCUGGUGUACGGGCCGUACUGGCUGCACCUGAAGGAGGCGUGGCAGCGGCGCGACCACCCCAACCUGCACUUCGUCUUCUACGAGGACCUCAAAGCGGACAUCAAGGGGGAACUGAAGAAGCUGGACGCCUUCCUCGGGACGGGGCUCUCCGAAGACCAGCUCGCUAAUGUCGCCAAAUACACCAGCUUCGGGGAGAUGAAGGCCAGGGAAGAGAAAAAUCUCGACAAGGAUUACAUGAACAACGAUGCCUUCGUUAAUCAGGACGUCCGCAAGAAGGAUGGAGGAUUCUUCAGACAAGGCAAGGCAGGAGACUGGAAGAAUAAGUUGACUCCAGAGUUGGUCGGGAAAAUGGAAGAUUGGAUCAGCCAGAAGUGUGAUUUUGGAAUAAAUUUUGCGUAAACGUGACGAUUUCCCGAACACGAAUAUGAGCAAUUCGUAAUCUGAAAGGGAAGACACUGCAGUAAUAAUAAUUAGAAAAAAAAGAUGAAUUUCUGUUGAGUAAUAUUUUUUCCACACGACGACUCAAGUUGCGUUAAAUGAACGAUUACUAUCUAACAUAUUUUUUUUAUUUGCAUAUAUAUUACUAUGUAAUAAAACAUAUCCACAAUAA